UGUGUCCAUUCACCAUGACAAUUGCAGCUGACACCGUCACUCCUUCGCCGCCACCUACACACUACACCCCUCGAUGGUUCUUUAUCCUCGAAACGAUUGAAAACUCGUACCGAGCCAAGACAUGCGAGCCCGUCCCAAAGGUCGGCACGCUGUUCACGUCGCCCAAUUACCCGUACUGGGAUAUUGGCAACUGCUUAUACAUUGACUUGGAGCACCCCGAGGCCACCGACGUGAGUUUGGCCGAGAUGGAAGCUGCAGCCACGCACGCCCAGGCCAAAUUGAACGCCUUGUUCAGCAACAAUCCGCGCACGCCGUUCUACAUGACAAUCGACCCCAAUCCCACCAGUCCGUCGCAUCGUCUGUUUCGCCACUGGGAGGUUGUGCUGGGAACCUUGGGGUACGAAGCCACGAGUGGCCACAACGACGACGACGCAUCCCACUGCAUGACGUUCCAUCGGAGCCAGCUCCCCCUGCUGCAAUCGCUGGCGGCGACAUGCAAACAGCAUGUGGUGACGUUUGCAUCGCUGCAAGAUCUGCAGGCCACGAUUGACAACGAACCAGGCAGCCAAGAAAGCUUGGGUUGGCGCACUGAAAAGUGCCGCGAACUGCUCGGUCGCCCCGCUUCUGUCAGUCGAACGUACUUGUGCUGGGAGGACGCGGAGGUAGCCGUCUCUCGGUUCAUGUUGGUCCGGGACGAGAAGGACCCUUGCAUCGCGUUCAUUCCCCGUGUCAACACGCGCGUAGAGUACCGCCGCAAUCGAUACGCCAAGAGCGUACUCGUGCACGGGCUCUUGGAUGCAUUCAACAAGUGGCCAGAUCUGGAAGAAGUCGCGUUGUUUCAAGGCGAACUGGGCCCGGAGAGACUGUACGAGUCCAUUGGUAUGGUCAAGCGAGCCACGCGCAUGGACGUCGAGUUUCAACGACAAAAACGAGCUAGAAAAUAGUCCGAGUGGGUAGAAACACGUCAACUCACUAACAGAAAUAGCUAUCAAUUGUUGUCCAUGUCGACAAAACUAACAGACGGGCAUAAACGUAUAUUGGAUCCACA